AUGAGGAGGGAGAACCAGAGCAGUGCGUCCCAGUUCCUCCUCCUGGGGCUCCCCAUCCGGCCAGAGCAGCAGAGUGUGUUCUUUGCCCUGUUCCUGGGCAUGUACCUGACCACGGUGCUGGGGAACCUGUUCAUCAUCCUACUCAUCAGACUGGACUCUCGCCUCCACACACCCAUGUACUUCUUCCUCAGCCACUUGGCCUUCACUGAUGUCUCCUUCUCAUCUGUCACUGUCCCAAAGAUGCUGAUGAACAUGCAAACUCAGCAACUCUCCAUCUCACACCCAGGGUGUAUGUCACAGAUGUAUUUUUAUCAACUUUUUGGCUGUGUAGAUAAUCUCCUUCUUGCAGUGAUGGCAUAUGACAGGUACGUGGCCAUCUGCCACCCUCUCCACUACACCAUCAUCAUGAGGGAGGGGCUCUGUCUGCUGCUGGUGGCUGUCUCUUGGAUUCUCUCCUGUGGCAGUGCCCUCUUGCACACACUCCUCCUGGGCCAGAGAACUAUGAGGCCUGAGAACCAGAGCUGUGUGUCUGAGUUCCUCCUCCUGGGGCUCCCCAUACAACCAGAGCAGCAGGGCCUGUUCUUUGCCUUAUUUCUAUGCAUGUACCUGACCACAGUGCUGGGGAACCUGCUCAUCAUCCUGCUCAUCAGGCUGGACUCUUGCCUCCACACUCCCAUGUACUUCUUCCUCAGCCACUUGGCCUUCUCUGACAUUUCCCUUUCAUCUGUCACAGUUCCAAAGAUGCUCAUGAACAUGCAGUCUCGGCAACAAACCAUCCCCUAUUCGGGGUGCAUUUCUCAGUUUUAUUUUUUGACUUUGUUUGGUUGUAUUGACAAUUUCCUUCUUGCAGUGAUGGCAUAUGACAGGUAUGUGGCCAUCUGUCAGCCACUCCACUACACAAAUGUCAUGAGGCAGGAGCUGCUUAUCUCAUUAGUAGUGUGGUCCUGGUUCCUCAGUUGUGCACAUGCCCUGUUGCACACCCUCCUUUUGGUCCAACUGUCCUUCUGUGCUGACAAUAGCAUUCCCCACUUUUUCUGUGACCUCACUGCACUCCUGAAGAUGAGCUGCUCAGAUAUCUCCCUCAAUGAGCUGGUCAUGUUCAUUGAGGGAGCAAUGGUUGUCACCUUGCCUUUGAUUAGUAUCCUGGGUUCAUAUAUCCACAUAGGGACCACCGUCCUGAAGAUCCCCUCCACAAAGAGACUCUUUAAAGCCUUUUCUACCUGUGGCUCCCAUCUCAUUGUGGUGUCUUUAUACUAUGGGACCAUUGCAGUUGCUUACUUUUUCUCCUCAUCAAAGGAUUCCAAUGACAAAGACAUGAUUGCUUCGGUGAUGUAUAUAGUAGUUACCCCCAUGCUGAACCCCUUCAUCUAUAGCCUGAGGAACAGAGAUAUAAAACAGGCUCUAGGAAUGUUUGUCACUAGGGCUAAUUUCUUUAAGUGA